AUGGCCCAAAACCCUUCCGAAAAAUUGCUCCUGGGUGCCCAGAUGUCGAAGGAGUUCCUCGGCGAAGAUCUUUUGUCCAAUCUACGAAAUAACGCCAGGGACGACAUAUUCACUAAGGCGAGUCAAGAGUACAUCGCUGAAGUUUGCUUCUCGAGCUACGCGCGCCCUGGCUUGAAAUUUCGUGAACGGUCAUUGAUGAAUAUCGCUAUGCUCACGGCUUUGAAUCGAGGACCUGAAUUGCGCAUCCAUAUCACUGCAGGGCUUCACAACGGUCUCACAGAGGAGGAAAUAUGUGAAGCCUGCAGACAUGCUAUGGUCUAUUGUGGCGUUCCUGCUGGAAGGGAUGCACUUGCGAUUGCGAGUGAGGUUGUCAACUCGCAAAAGGAUCGAAGCGAUGUGUAG